AUGGCUUCAAUAUGUCGUGCACGGCUGCUAUCAGACUUGAGUGCGCAAACAGUCUGUGACAGAGAAGCGACUUCAUUGGAUGGCAGACUCUGUGCAUUCCACUCUCGACAGUGCCAUGCUCUGUACCUAGGUUACAAAGGGCGAAACGCCGUCCUCGAUAUACAGGAGUUGCCAGUGUACUUGGCUGGAAAGAAAGCUUCUAUCGUUGUUCAAGACUUCAACGAUGUCGACAGCGAAGCAACACUACGGGAGUUACACGACUAUCUGUUCCGAAGGUACAACUUGCUUGAUCGCGUAAUUCGAGCACGCAAACUGCAUCAUAGUCAUUUCUUUGCAGUUGAUAACGACUAUGGCCACGAAAAGUACCUGGACCGACUACAGAAUGAGCGAUACAACAUGGUUAAAGCUCUCGAGAAACUUGGCAAACGUGCUGCGGAAGUCAUGUACGAGCAGAAGCAGUGGUUUGGUUGGAUUAAACAAUGCCAGGAGAAAGAGGCGGAAGAGGCGGAAAGUGAGGGGAGGAAAGUGAAACUGGAAUCAUUACUCUUCAAACGACACCAAAAAGAGAUCGAUCGUCAUCAACGUGAAAGAAACUCCAAAGAGAACAAGAAGCGUCAAGAACAGUACCUGAAUAAGAUGUAUGCCAAAAGCCUCGCGCAGAUGUCAAAGGAAGAGCAAGAGGAAUGGGAUCCUAUCCAAGAUGUGUACGGCCAUGAAAAGGAUAAUUACAUUGAGCUCAUCAAAUUCUUUCUGAUGCUCAACGUGCAAGAGCAUGACGAGCUCCCUGUGCAAGCGGAGCCAUCCCAGCUUGACGGCCCAGCGAAUUCAAAGCCUGCAGAGAAGGCGCUCUCCAAGAGCGCGAAGAAGAGAGCAAGAAAAGCUAACGCAGAGACAAAGAGGUUAGAAGAUCCAACCACACAAGACGAUGGGGGCAAGGGCUUCAUCGAAAUGGAGACUAAGGAGCAGAUGCGUGAGAGACUACGGACGCCUGUUCGGUUUGAACGCGUAGCGAGCUACUAUGUUCAUGGCAGCGAGGGCGCUGUCGAGCCCAGGACGACUCCCAUACUUCCUCACGAUGAGAUCGAGCAGCUAUUGGUCGAGAUCGGCGAAAUUAAGAAUCUCCUCUUCUGUAGGCUUCUCUUAGCAUCUAGCGCACUGCUACCCAUUGCGAUCCAGACCAACAGCAUAGAGGAAUUUUUACAAAAGGACGAUGUGACAAGAGAGCAUUUACGAGAUCUUUGUCUCAAGUUGGAGCGUCCUAGUCUUCAGGAUGUGCGAGAUGCAUGUGCAGACUUCAUACGCGAGAGGGAUGGCGCUGAUGAGCCUGAGGUACCAACAGACUUGGCUGAACACCCUUUCCACAACGAUGUUACGGACGACAUCAUGCUACAAAUGCAUAACAACAGUGGUCAACGUUCUGUCCUCAUGAACCGAUACCGCACCAAACACGAAAGAGCGACAAAGAAGAAAUCACAACAGCGGCCGCCCGAGUCGGAACAAAAUGGCCUUGUAGACUUUGGUAACACUUCUGGUGAGAACACAUUCACUCAGAAGCGAGUCAAGAUCAGGGUUUGCGGUCGUGACAUGUACAACUACCGUAGCGAGCAAGCUCUCAACCGCAGCGGCUGGUUCCACUUCUCCAUCAUCGCCAAAGACUCCAACCUCGCUGAUGCCGUCGCCUUGUGUCGCAACUGGGACGAGUUCUUCGAGCUCAACAUACUGACCACAUAUCACUAUUUCCUGGCUCCAAAGUGGACAAGAUUCACUGGGGAUGCCCAUCGUCAACAACUCGCGCUUGUUGGGUUCAUACCUUACUUUCAAAUCGAUAAUGCCGAGGCUAAAACAAAAAGAUCUCAAACUGGCGGUCGUGGGAUUGCAGGACGAUCACACGAGAUCAAAGAAUCCCGCAACAUCAUUUGUGGCUACAUCAAGCGUAACGAUGUCUUCAAUCGUCGCUUCAUUCAGUACCUGACUAUGGAGUCAGGUGAACUACGUGCUUUGAUUCGCGAUCCAGUAACUGGUUAUGUCAUAGUGCAGCCACCCGAACAGGAACUCUGGCUAAGCCGUGAGAAGACUGGGAUUGGUAGAGCUAGCAAACGCGAAUACAAUAUAACUAGCGAAGUCGGACCUGCCUUUAUCGAAAAGGUCGAAGCUAGGAGGUCAUGGCAGGUCAAUUUCGAUGAUUACUACGAUGUUUACAUUUGGGAUGCGGCACCCGGUGGAGGCGCUUACGAGCUGCAGCAGAAGAUUGAAGAGGUGUUUGCGCAUGCCCUUCAGUUUCGGACAGCCAAAGACAUGUUAACCCGGGUUCGCCACAUCUUCCAAACUGUGACAGAAGAAGAUGAUACCGGGCGUAUUCGCAGCGUUCAUCCAGGGGAGAAGGUACAGACUAUGGCUGAUGUCCUCGACAAGAAUGCGGAGAUUGCUAGCAACCAGUCCGUUCCCGAAACACAGAAAGCAGUAGAUGACAUGGUUAAAUUGCGAUACGAGUUCACAGAGGCGGAUGAAGUAGAGGACGCUAUCCUGUUUCCGAAAGACGCGGAAAGCGACAUACCCAACCGGUCUCCCCGUUAUAAGACCGCCAUAGAGAAAUUCCAGAUGGGAAAGCUCAGAGCCUGGAAGAUCAGUUACGAUCUCAGUACUGAUGAGGAAUCAUCGGGUUCCGAUUCUGAUUCUAAUCCUGAUUCUGAAUCUGAAUCUGAGUCUGAAUCGAACGAAAACGAAGACGAAGACGACGCCAGUAUGGAAGAGAAUGCACAAUUACAAACGGACUUGAGUCCCAGGCGCGCUCCAGGUCGAGCUUUGAAAGGAGAUUUUCAUAAACACUUGUUCGAGGCAGAUCAACAAGCACACAAGCAAAGAUCUGGUCCUUUGCGAGUAUAUCUUAACAAGGCGUAUGAUGUUGGGGAGAUGAUUGAAAGUCAUUCCCAACGGUCAAGUGAUAGAGUCGCGAAGGAGUGUUGUCAUCUGGGGGACUUGGAACCUGGCGGUCUUAGCAGGUAUAACGAGUACCAGUCUAUGGUAGCGUCCAUGGACGAUUUCGUCAUGAGCGCUAUCAACCCAGGUCCGUUCGAGCUCUGCAAGUUUAUGGGGAUGGCACCUCUCUUCCGCAAAGAACGUCGAAACGUUGACGAUGCUUUCCAAGCCUAUGCUGCCAUCGCCAUGUUCUAUGAAACAAAAGACUUUGUCGCUUCUGAAUAUGGCACACCAUUCAGGUCGUCCCUACUAUUUGACCAAGAAGAAAGAGCCAAGCGGAUUCCAGACCGGAGAACGCAUCAUAGCAACAUGUAUAUGCCAGCGAAGCUUUGGGCCGAUCGGGACAAGCUUCUGAAAGACAACAAUCGAGGGGCUCUUGAGUUUGUAGAGGACAUUUACCCAAUGGAAUGGCGCAAAGCGAUACGUUCCGUGAUCAUUCCUUUGUUCAAAGCGGGCGUCAUUCGACUUUCGUAUCACCCGCGGGUCAGUGGUGUUGUAACAGCCGCGGCCGAACCCGGCCGCCCGCUCGACCUCUACAUUGAUUGCCGGCACCAGAACCAUUCAACGAAAAUGAUCGGGGAAAUGGUAGACCCGACACCCUUGGACCGCGAUUACAUGGUCAAGACGGCAAAACAAUUUCGAGCUCAACACGCUUCAGCAAGGUUUUCAGCGCUGCGUAUGUGGUCUGCUCCGCACUUCUACCCAAUGAACGCCAGGGAGGGAGACAGGUUCUUGGACGACAGAGGCAGAUUCUGGGAAUGGAAGUACAUUCCCAAGGAUAUGCCAAUGAGCGAAUGGAGCAUACACAAAUCAAUGACUAUGACGCUGGGUCAUUACGAAGACAUCUGGAAAGGUCAAGUGGUAGUUGCCCGAGAUCUGUUCCUGGUGAUGGGUAAGAAUGCAGACGAUUGUCGGAGAUUAAGUGAAGGUGUCACGUGGGCCAUCCAGAAGAAGCCCAGCCGGUGCGAGAUAGACUUUUGGCGAAGCUUUGUUAAUGUGGAUGCCGACUUCUUGGAAGGAUUGCAUCCUACAUGGCUUUCGUAG